AUGGUAGCACCACCACAUCAAACUUCGUUUCACACUUCGAGUCAAUCAGGACAAACUUGGGCUUCCGUUGACGCCGGUCUUGAUGGUGACGACGGUUGGGUUUUGAGCAGUGGUAAGGGUUUCGAUACCUCGUCUCAGUCUUUGGCGGGAAAAUCAGAAAGUUGCGUUGUUAGUGGAGCUAAUAAUCUUGGUUUAUCUGAGUUACAUCAAUCUAUUUCUCCGAUGAUUGAGUGUGUUUCGGACGAUUCUGUUUCUCCAGAGUCUGCUUCUACAAUGUCGAAGGUUGUCUCUUGUGAAACGGUGGAAGAAGAAGGAAUUGAGAAGAAUGGUGUGAGUAAAUUUGAAAUUUUGAGUGUUGAUGUUAACGAGAAAGAAGUCGUGGAUGAUGAGAAACUGGUUUUUUCUUAUGAAUCAAAAAAGGGUUUGAUCUAUGAUACGGUGAAAAAUGUAGAUGGUUUAGAAUCUGAUGAUGGAAUCGAAGAGGAGAGGAGUUUGUUUAGUGGUAAGGUAGAUGAUGAUGAGAAAAGAUAUCAGGUUCUUGUAGAAGAAGAGAUUGUGAAGUUAAUUUGUUCAGAAUCUGUGAAUGUUGUUGAUAAGACAAGCCAAUAUAUUGAGGAAAUUGAUGAUGAUUUAACUGCUGCAUAUGAUGGAAAUUAUGAAUUGACAGGUAAGGAAACUUCAGAAGCAACCAAAGUAGAGAUUGGGGAGGAGGAAGAAUCUUCAGUUGUAGUACCUGAAGUGAACAAUGCUGUCGAGGACGGAGACAAGAUCUCAGUUUCGGACAUUGUUUCUACAUGUGAGUUUAGCGAUGAAGGCAAGGAAAUCGACAAGGGAUCUUCUGGUGGAGAAGGUUUGGUGGGGCUUGAUAUUUCUAAGAGUGAUAAAGAAACUGAAGAGAUGAUAUUUGAGAGUUCUAAAGCUGCAGGACAGUUCGUGGAAGAGUUGGAAAAGACUUCUUCUGGUAAUGAGAUUCAUUCUGAUGAAACAAGCAUUCUUAGCAAUCAGUUAGAUAGGAGUGAUGGUCAAAUUGUUACUGAUUCUGACGAGGAAGUAGACACGAAUGAUGAAGGUGAGGAGGAAACAUUUGAUACUGCAGCUUUGGCUGCGCUUUUAAAGGCAGUCACUAGUGGAAGUUCAGAUGGUGGCGAUUUGGGUCCAUCUUUAAGACUUGUGAAAUCUGCAGCCCCACGUCCAAACCGGUCCAACUUCUUUCCCAAUCGACAAGUCGGAAUGGGUGGAGAGAGUGAGAGUAACUUGAGCGAGGAAGAGAAACAGAAGUUGGAAAAAUUGCAAAGUAUUCGUGUGAAGUAUUUGCGUCUUGUACACAGGUUGGGACAGUCUGUAGAAGAUUCAAUAGCAGCGCAGGUUCUUUAUCGUCUUGCACUUAUUCUCGGGAGACAUUCAGGUCAGUCUUUCAGUCUUGAUGCGGCAAAGGAGAUGGUUAGGGAGUCUGAGGCUGAGGGAAAAGAAGAUUUGAACUUCUCUCUCAACAUACUGGUCCUUGGAAAAUCCGGAGUGGGAAAAAGUGCUACGAUAAAUUCUAUCUUGGGGGAUCAAAAGGUCUCCAUUGAUGCAUUUGGACCUUCCACCACAUCAGUUAGAAAAAUAUCUGGAACAGUGAAUGGUGUCGACAUCACAAUCAUCGAUACUCCAGGCUUAAAGUCUUAUGCCAUGGAUCAAAGUGCCAAUUCCAAAAUGUUGUCUUCAGUAAAAAAGGUAAUGCAGAAAUAUCCCCCUGAUGUUGUUCUUUAUGUGGACCGUCUUGAUGCUCAGAACAGAGGCUUGAACAAUAUGCCCUUGCUAAGGACAAUCACGACGUCUCUUGGUCCAUCUAUAUGGGAAAACGCCAUAGUGACAUUGACCCAUGCUGCUUCUGCUCCUCCUGAUGGCCCAUCCGGCACUCCUUUGAGCUAUGAUGUGUUUGUAGCGCAGUGCUCACAUAUUGUUCAACAGUCUAUUGGACAAGCCGUUGGUGAUCUACGUUUUAUAAACCCAAGUCUGAUGAAUCCGGUUUCUCUCGUUGAGAAUCACCCCUUGUGUAGGAAGAACCGGGAGGGAGUGAAGGUUCUCCCAAAUGGCCAAACUUGGAGACCUCAGCUGUUGUUGUUGUGCUACUCCCUGAAGGUUUUGUCAGAAGCAAAUUCUCUCUUGAAGCCUCAAGAACCAUUGGACAAUCGUAAAAAAAUUUGGUCCCGACUUCGAUCCUUGCCUCUCCCUAACUUGCUGUCUUGGUUGUUGCAAUCCCGUGCACAUCCAAAGCUCCCUGCAGAUCAAGGUGGGGAUAGUAUUGACUCUGAUAUCGAAAUUGAUGACGUGUGUGAUCUUGAGCAGGAAGAUGGAGAAGAUGACGAGUUUGACCAGCUGCCACCGUUUAAGCCUCUUCGAAAAACCCAACUUGAUAAACUCUCGAAGGAACACAAAGAAGCUUACUUUGAUGAGUAUCAUUAUCGGGUAAAGCUUCUGCAAAAGAAACAAUGGAGAGAGGAGUUGAGGAGGAUGAGGGAAAUGAAGAAAAACGGGAAGAAGAAGGUCGGUGAAAGCAAGUAUGGUUAUCCGGAAGAAGAAAAGGCUCCACCUGCAUUGCCUCAUGGUCUAUCACCCGCUAUAGUCUUGCCACCUUCAUUUGAAAGUGAUGAUUUAGCUUACCUUUACCGGUCUCCGGAAUCCACUUCACAGUUCCUUACCAAGCCAAUGUUGGACUCUCAAGGCUGGGACCAUGACGUCGGAUUAAACCGUGUCAUCGCAGAACAUAGUCUCGCCAUAGCUAAUCGUUUCCCUGCAGGAGUUUCUGUCCAAAUGACCAAAGACAAGAAAGACUUCAACAUCCUUCUAAACUCCUCUGUAUGUGCUAAGCAUGGGGAUAAUGGAUCCACCAUGGCAGAGUUCCUUGUCCAAGGAAGUGAGCAACUUAUGUAUUUGAUCAAAGGAGAAACCAAAUUCAAGUUCUUGAAGAAGAUCAAGACGACUCUUGGAGGGCUAAUGACAUACAUGGAUGGAAAAAUUGCCAAUGGUGUCAAACUCGAGAAACAAAUCGCGCUCGGGAAAAGACUCGUCCUUGUGGGAAAUGCAGGAACCUCUCAAUCACGAGGAGACUCAGCUUAUGAAGCAAACCUCGAGAUGAGGCUUAGAGAAGCUGAUUACCCAAUAGGCCAAAACCAAUCAGCUCUAGGGAUGACUCUAACGAAGUCGAAAGACGAUUUCACCGUCACAGGCAAUCUCCGAUCUCAAGUCUCUGUCGGAAGACAAACGAAAGUAGCAGCUUCUGCAUGUCUUGACACCAAGAGGACCGGACAUAUCAAUAUCCGAACCAGCAGCUCAGAUUCGUUGCAGAUUGCGUUGAUAGUCAUUCUUCCUAUUGUCAUCAUGUCUAUCUACAGGAGGCUUUUUCGAUCACGAGAGAACUGA